GCAUCUUAUUAGAAGGUAUCUUGCCCAUGUAUCUGGCUGAUUUGUACAUAAUAAUGAAUAGAAGGCCUACGGCUUCUCGACCAAUCACCUUCGAGGAACGUCGAACCCGCGAUAUUUCAGUUGUUGGCUCAAAUUCGACAGAUGAAAGGCUACGCAAGCUACUGAUCCUCCUUAUCAAUCAUCGAUUUGCCAUCAGUUCCUUGUCUGAUGAUCCCGUUUCAUCUCUGUGUGAUCUGGAUAUCGAGUUUGACGACCAGUUGAAACAGUCCAAGAAUGUCAAAAGAUCACCAUUGGAGGUUGGAUACGUGUCCUUUGAACUUCAACAGCAUCAUGGUAAAAAUAUCGACAUCCCUGCUGUGGUCAGACAGAACAUCUUCAUCAAGAAUAUACCAAUAGUACCAAAAUCAGGUACGGUACCAACGUUAGCUUCUGCAAAAGGACCAAAGGCUGAUCAUGUAUUGGUACCACUGCACGGUGAACACGUGAUAUUACCAAUCGUUCACAAGAUAGAAGUGAUUCAUCCCAAGGUGAUAUUGGAUCACAAGGAAAUCCUGGUAGAUCACGCUGCCAAAGUGGUUUUGGAUGAGAAGCAUUUACGUUUGGAAGAACCACAACGUAAGACGGUGAUUCUGGAACAGAAGCCAAUGAUAUUACACAAUUCGGAUGAACACACAGUCACGGUACAGCAUAAACCGUUGGUACUAACUCACGAUGGUCAUGGCGGUUUGUUAUUCAAUCACAAGUCAGUGUCCCAUCAGAAGUCAAUGAUGGUGCAUCGCAAACCAAUGAUAUUUGACAGUAGAAAGUUUACGUUGGUGGCACCAAAUAUUCAUCAGAUCAUUGUACACAGACACGAUCCAAAAGUUUUGGUAGAACCUGUACUGCAGAAGAAUAUAUUUAAAACUCAUUACGGUGGUUUUGGUGUUGGGAUUGACUAUGGUGGCCAUGGAGCUGGUCAUGGCUUUUACGUUUCAGUUUAAAAUUGUUUAACGUACCUUGCGUAUCCUCAUAAUGG